CGCAAUCUCCCCACAGCAGUCAGCGACACUUUGACACUAUAUUUUGUUUGGUUAUUAGACAGAUUUAUGAGUUUCUCCUCGGAUAGAUAAUAGGAAAUUUGAGAUAAUAGUUUGCCAUCCGCCGCAGACAUGGAGAAGCUAUUGGUAAUAGUCUCCUUGGUGGUGCGUAUUACCAGUGGAUUCUAUGUUCCUGGAGUGGCACCUGUCGAAUUCACCAAAGGUCAAAAAAUCGAUGUGAAAGCAGUUAAAAUGACCAGUACCCAUACUCAGUUGCCGUACGAAUACUACUCGCUACAGUUCUGCCUGCCCAAGAAUGGUACAUUAAUUUAUAAAUCGGAAAAUUUGGGAGAAGUGCUGCGUGGUGACCGGAUUGUUAAUACCCCCUAUGAAGUGCGUAUGGCGGAAAAUGUGAACUGCAAAUUGCUUUGUAACAAACGGGACCAACCAAUGAAUUGGAAUCGCGAGGAGUCUGCGAAAGUAGCAGAGCGAAUUAAAUAUGAAUAUUACGUUCAUUUGUUAGUGGAUAAUCUACCUGUUGCUACCCGGAUAAUCAACCCUGACACGAUGGAAUUGCACUUCGAGCACGGUUAUAGGCUAGGUCAAGUUGAAGGCAAUGGUAUUUAUAUAAAUAACCAUCUGAAAUUGAUUUUAUCGUACCAUAUGCAUACAAAGAAUAAGUACAGGGUCGUCGGGUUCGAAGUGGAAACUCUGUCCGUGGACCAUAGAGAACUAAAAUUUGAAGGUGACACUUGCAACUUUCCGGAUCAUGCUAGACGUCAACAGGUAAACCCGAAUGCUGACACACAACUUUACUUCACAUAUUCGGUUGAGUGGAAAGAAUCGGAUGUUAGCUGGGCCUCACGUUGGGAUAUCUACCUAGGAAUGAGCAAUGUGCAAAUCCACUGGUUUAGCAUAAUUAAUUCAUUGGUAGUAGUUUGUUUCCUGUCCGGUAUUCUGGCUAUGAUUAUGAUUAGAACAUUGAGACGUGAUAUUGCUCGAUAUAACACUGACGAUAGUUUUGAAGAGACUUUGGAGGAAACUGGAUGGAAAUUGGUUCAUGGUGAUGUUUUUCGACCACCGAAACAUCCACGCCUGUUUGCUGCAAUAAUUGGAAGUGGAAUACAAAUCUUUUUCAUGGCCUUGAUAACAAUAUUCUUUGCCAUGCUGGGCAUGCUUUCACCAUCAUCGCGGGGAGCGUUAAUGACAUCCGUGAUAUUCCUCUAUGUGUUUAUGGGGCUUAUCGCUGGAUAUUUCUCAGCAAGACUUUAUAAAACGAUGAAGGGUAGAGAAUGGAAACGGGGUGCAUUUCUUACGGCUACGUUGUAUCCAGGCAUUGUUUUUGGCACUGGAUUCUUUCUCAACUUUUUUAUUUGGGAUAAACAUUCAAGCGGAGCUGUCCCGUUUACUACGAUGAUUUCAUUGUUAUGUCUGUGGUUUGGCAUUUCACUUCCUCUGGUUUAUUUGGGGUAUUACUUUGGAUAUAGAAAGCAACCAUACCAACAUCCUGUACGAACAAAUAUGAUUCCGCGACAAGUGCCUGCACAGCAGUGGUAUAUGAAUCUGAUACUAAGUACCCUCAUCGCCGGUAUUCUUCCAUUUGGUGCGGUGUUCAUUGAAUUGUUCUUCGUGUUUACCGCCAUCUGGCAAAAUCAAUUCUACUAUUUAUUUGGGUUUUUGUUCUUAGUCUUUUGUAUUUUAGUAGUGAGCUGUGCCCAAAUCUCAAUUGCAAUGACAUAUUUUCAGCUAUGUGGCGAAGAUUAUCGAUGGUGGUGGCGGAGUUUUAUUGUAUCUGGAGGAUCAGCUGUGUAUAUUUUAUUUUAUAGUAUAUUUUACUUUUUUACGAAACUCGAAAUAACCGAAUUCAUACCAACUCUGUUAUACACCGGCUACACGGCUCUCAUGGUUAUAACAUUCUGGCUGCUGACUGGCACAAUCGGAUUUUUCGCAGCAUAUAGCUUUAUUCGUAAGAUUUACGGAGCUGUAAAAAUCGACUAAGAUGAUUUUAUUUUAAGUUUUAACUAAAUUUGAUGUUUCACAUAUGAUUCGUAAUGUCAAACGAAUAAAGAGAAAAUAAGACAAACGAAUGGACGCAAAGCAUUUGUUGAGUAAUAUAUGUAGGAAAAUAAGACAUAUUUGCAGAAGAUAAAACAGUUCCGAAAGAAUGGAUUGCAUUAUAAUGAAGACAAUGGCUUUGGCGUUUAUAUUCGUGAGUUAAUCGCGACUUACUAAUGUAUGAAUUAGCAAUCUUAUUCCAAUCAUUUUUACUUUGUCGGAAUACGUGUAAAAGCAUUGUUUGGGCAAUACAAUACAAAUAAUAAGUUAAUUAUAGAAUGUUUUCGUAGCUUAGUCAAUUAAUAGUUCAGAAGCUCAUUUAAAACAUUUAAGUUAUAAACACGUCGUCUAUUUCAUAUACAUAUAUAAUCACACAAGUUUUAUAUAUUUAAGUUGGAAGUGAAAGCCAAGCGAAUUUAUAUUUUCAAAUGGAACACCCACUGAUUCGCGCAAGGUACGGUAGUGAAGCUGUCUCUUGAUUAUGUUUGUGCAGCCACUACUGUUCAUAUUUAUAGUGUGAAGCGUGUGUUGAACUUAAAAGUCGUAACACUAAGCAAAGGAAAAUUAUCAUCAUUUGAGCUUCAGUUUAUGUCAGACAUUGCAAGCAAGAAGCGAACUAGUCGUCGCCAGUAUAACUUUCUAAAGAAGAGUUUCGUCUCAAUUCAACCUGUAAAUAUGUAAUAAACUAAUAAUAGUAAUCCUGUAGUUCAUUUUUUCAUAUAUGUUCUUCAAAAAGUUGUAAUCUCUUCAUAUUUAACAAGUAGGAUAAUGAACAGAAGUUUCGAUUAGUUUUUAUCAUAAAUAAUAGCUUUUUACUUCACAUCGAUUCCUAAAUUCUAUUGUAAAAAUGAUUAUGUUUUAGUUUAAGCAAGGAAAAAUAUAAUACAUUUUAUAAUAAAGUACUAAAACUUA